UCCGGGUCCUCGAACAGCUGCAGGAGAUUAUUUAUCGAUUGGAGUGAAAGCUAGCCGCCAAUUUGAGAAUCGUAAAAUGUAGUCCUGGUAUUAAUAGAUACUACGAGUAAGGGGAUACGUUUUUUUUAGGUUGGGUCUGAUUUUAAGGUAAAGAUGAACACAGUUAUUUGAAUUUAAUAGAACGAUGUUCCAAGUUUUUAACGACUCAAGUGUGUUAAUACUAUUAGUAUUACUAGUAGUACUAGGCUAUUCUCACGCCCACUGACUGUGUUUUGAUGAUGAAGAAGACUACGAGUUAAGCUUAAAGCACGAGUUAACGUGAGUUUUUGUAAUUUGUAAACAAAUGGAAAGAAAACCAACCUUCAAAACAUCCCACGCAAACCAGAAAACAAAGAUUUGUCAUCAUGGGCUAUAACUGUUGACCAAAUUCUACUAAAACAGGUGUUAAAUAGGAGAGAAGAUGAUGACAACAUCUACCUUGGUAGAAACUGUCUCAAUCAACUAUGAAGAUUUCAAUGAAAGCUUUUUAACAUGUUCCACUUGCUUAUGCACAUAUGACAGUCAGGAACAUGCUCCAAAGUUGCUGUCAUGUUCUCAUUCUGCCUGUAAAAGCUGCCUCGAGAGGAUAGUUGCAGCUACAGGUGUGAGAGAUGCUGGCUCAUUUCGCUGCCCCAUCUGUCGUGAAACUAUCCCACUUCCUCGCACAGGAAUCAGUGGACUUCCACCAAGUUUUCUCAUCAAUCAACUUGUAGAUCUCAUGUCAAGACAAAGAAGAGAAGUGGUCCCAAGGUGUUCAACUCAUACUAGCCAGGAACUGUUGUUUUGUGAAAGCUGUGAUUGUGUAUUUUGUUCAACUUGUACUGGAGGAAGUCAUGAGAAUGGAAAUGGCAGCUAUGGCCACACAGUGAUACCCUUCUCAACAGCAAUCAAAAGGAUGUCAGAAAUUUUGUUGUAUAAAGCAAAUCUCUGUAUAGAGAAGCUGAAUGCAGCAGCUGAGAAUGUGAACGGUGAAGUGGGUAAACUAGAUCAGAAUGUAGAUCAUUCUUUUGAGCUAAUUAACAGAACCUUUCAAGAAAUCAUUAAUACUGUGGAAAAGAGGAGACAGGAGGUGCUGAGAAUGGUGAAGAAGAUAAGAGAUGAGAAGAAGCAAGUGCUAUUGGAUCAGCUUUCUAUGAUUCAGGCAGAGAAGUCCAAGGUGGAGCAAGAAUGUCAUGGACUUCAGCAUCAGGUAGAAGUGAGGGAUAUCACCAAGAAAAUUAGUGAAUUGAAUGAAAAAAUUGAUUCUGUAAAAAAUUUCAUGGACCCACGAGAAAAUGCUUUUAUUAAGUAUGAGCAUUUGCACAAUUCUGCUUUCUCUGAAAUUGAAGCGGCCUUGAAUGUUUUUGGAAGGAUAAAAACAAGCAAGACGUUUCCAGCUCUUUGUUCAGCAGAUGUGAAAAAUACUUCUGCUCAUCUUCUGUCUUGUUCUUUGCUUCAAACUGUUGAUUACCAUGGGAGUUUACAGUCAGCUGGUGGUGAUCCUGUUGUCAUACAGCUCUUUCAUGAGAGUAAUGAGGAAGUAUAUACUCAGCUUUUCGACCAAGAUGAUGGAACGUACAGUAUCAAAUACACUCCUGAGCAACCUGGUGUUUAUAGACUCCACAUUAGCAUCUUUGGACGAUCCAUCAAGAACAGUCCAUACCAAUUCAUUGCUUCUGAACACAUAAAUCCUAUUGUGUGUUUUGGGUCAACAGGAACAGAAGAUGAACACUUCUUACAGCCUGCAGCAGUUGCUAUUAACAAGACUGGUCAUGUGUUUGUUCUUGACACAGGUAACAGCAGAAUUAAAGUUCUUGGACAGUCACUAGAAAUUCUGCAGCACUUCCUUGGAGAUGGGCUGGAGGAGCGAGGAGGAACGGGCAUAGCUGUGACACCCAGUGACUCGCUUCUAGUCAUCAACUGGAGGACCAGGUAUGUCACAGAGCUAAACUUUGAUGGUAUGUUGGUUAGUCGGUUUACUCAUCUAGAUUUUGUAGAACCUCUUAGCUUGGCAGUGAACAGUAAAGGUGAAAUAUUGGUUGUGGACAACAGUCUUAAAUGUGUGUUUGUCCUAGAUCCUUGUGGGAAACUCUUGCGACGAAUUGAGCUUAAACGGGGAGGGGGUCGAAAUUCAAAAUAUGUUAGUCUCAUUGCAGCUGGUCCUCAAGACGAAAUCAUGGUUGCCGACUCGCAUAUCCAAGUCUUCAGUCCUCGUGGAGAAUUUCUUCGAGAGAUUUAUCCAGAGGGCAAAUCUCGGGGUCAUUUUGGAGGUAUCACAUAUGACAAUAAAGGCCAUGUACUUGCCACUCACUCUGACAAAAAUAAACACUAUAUUCAGGUAUUCAACUUUAUUUCAGGCCAACUGCUUUACUGUAUUGACAGUGCUGAUGCCAAACUGAAGAGACCAGCGGGGUUAGCAGUUGAUGACAAUUUCCAUGUAGUUGUGGUAGAUCUUGGUAAUGAUUGUGUUAAAAAAUAUAGGUACAAAUAAUGAAGGACUCGUACUUCACCCCCAGGAAACAAAGGCUACUAUAGUACUUGAUUAGUAUUAUAUUUUAAGUGUGUCAGAGAUGAAAAUUAUUAAAACAAGAAUCAUUUUAAUGUUUUAUUAGUGCUUUUAAAAUAUACUUUGUUUUUCUCUAAGCCAUCUAGAUCAUUAUUUAUUUAAAUAUUUGAGAAUGCAACUUUGUCAUCCAGAAGGAAGAAUCACAUAGGUGUUUAUUGUUGGAAGAGUAUCCUGAGCUAAAUCAUUUGACUUUUAUUUCUGUGCAGGAAAUAAGAAAACUAAAUUAAUAUAAUUAAUGGUGUUUAUUUCUUUCCAAAUCUAGGUGCUUUAGUGUGUCUUUAUAUUUGUAUAGAAAAGUGGAAAUCCAAAAACCCCAUUGUAGUUUUUUUUAUGAGAAUAACUUUGGAUAUUUAGUAUGAGUUUUACACACUUUCCCAUCAGCACGCAUGAUAAAAGGGGGGGGGGAGGUGGUGGCCAAAUAUAUUUUGAUUAAUAGUAUCAAAAUAUGUAUUUAUAAAUUUACUUUAUUGAGAGUGCAAAAAUUAAAAAUGAUUUAGAACAUAAAGAAAAGUAGCACUCACAUUUCCAUGAGGGGAGUAUAUAUAUCAGGUUGACAGUUAUUUUGGUAAUUGUUACAACAGCUGUUCAUGAUCAUGAUGAACUAUUUCUGUGUAGUGAGACUGAAUCAUUAAUCACAUGUAGUUGCUUGAAAUAUAGGCAUUUAGGUGAUCUGGCAUGGUCUGGUGGUUAGGGCACUUGACUAUGGGUCGUGGGCUCAAAUCCCACCACCAAAUGUGCUUGCCGUUUCAGCUGUGGGGGCAUUAUAAUGCAAUGGUCAAUCUUACUAUUUGCUGGUAAAGAGUAGCCCAGGA